CUUUACAGUUACACCUCAACGAUGCGUAGAUUACCACAGACUAUCUUCGCCGCUGCCUUGCCAGCGCGCUCAAUUUCAUCAUGUUCACCAAUCACCUUCGCCAGCAAACUUCAAGAUCAACCGCAUCUCCGUGCGCCUACUAACUACCGACGUCAAACACUACCGCACUACAGAUUGUUCUCACAAUCCUGCCUCUUUGCCAAUUCCCAUACUACUUCAAACUCUCCCUUCCGCCUCUCCUCAUCCUCAUCAACCACACAAUCACAAUCACCCGAAACACCCUUCCCCGAAGCCGAAACCGAAACGCAUAUCUACAUCGACCCCAACACGGGCCUACCCGUUAAAGACUACUCCCGCUACCCACCAAAGCGCCAAUGGCCGCCGGACAUGUCGAAGCUCUCGCCAAAACACCAGUUCCGCCUCGAGCGCAAGUACCGUCGGCGCGCGGCGCUGAAGUAUGCGAGGCCCAAAUGGACGAAGGCAACUAAGAUUGUACAGUGGGGAACUAUUGGAUUCGUUAUAAUUUACGCACUGCUGUUUAUGGAGUGGGAUGAAAGAGGCGGGACACCGCUUGAGGAUCUACGCACAUACGUCUUUGGAGCACUCAAGGGUGCAUUUUCUGCUCCACCGCCUUCAUCUUCCAUGCGGCGGUCUGAAGACUUCACUCCAAAGCGGGAGUAG